UCCGAGUGAGUUCGAUGACGUACAUACGAGUUUGACCGUCAUGUGUCGGUGGCAGUUGCUGUCGAGACGGCGGUGCAAGUAGUCAUUGUUCGGUCGUGAGACGUCAUCGGUUGGAAAGAAUUGCGCGCGAGUGUAUACGGGAUUUGUCGUGGUGUUUUCGCGGCGAUGAUCAUUUCGUGAUCGACGUUACGUUAUCGUAUUCAGCGGAAAGUCGAGUCGUCGAAGGGUUAAGUGCCGCGGUAUCCAGUGACAGCUUGUACUCGUAGAGGGAAACGAAUUCCGGGCGUGACACAUCCUGCAGUCAAGUGUGAUAUCGCCGCGCGCGAUGCACAGGACUAGUUUAACGGUCGCGAGUCGUCGUCGGACUUUGACAGGUGCGGUCGCGAUGAUAUACGACGGCGGUGUACUAUGGCCCCUGCUGCUGCUACUGUUGACCUUGUCAAGUCUAGCGAGUCCGGUUGCUAGUGAUGAGAAUGGUCACUGUAUAUGGUAUGGAGAAUGUUAUAUGGAUCUAUCUAUGCACAAAAAAUAUUGUGUUUACGAUGGGCCAGCGAAACCAUUGAAUUCCGAGGGACAGAAAUUGUUGGCUAAAAAUUGUCCACACUUAUUGGUAGAUAAUGGCAAAGGAAUUAAUACCUGCUGCGACAUGAAUCAACUUAUUACGAUGGAUGCAAAUCUCAAGCUUGCAUCCAACUUUUUGAAAAGAUGCCCUAGUUGCUUAGAUAAUUUAGCAAAGCACUUUUGCGAUUAUACAUGUGCUGCUAACCAAAGUAAAUUUAUCAAUAUUACGGAGAAAGGCGAGCAGAACGGUGCACAAUACGUUGAUGGAAUAGAUUUAUAUAUAACGAAUAAGUAUCUUGAAGGAACGUUUAAUUCGUGCAAUAAGGUAUCAGUGCCAAGCACAGGCCAGUUAGCGCUGGAUAUAAUGUGCGGAGAAUGGGGUGCAAGUAGAUGUACUCCUUUAAAAUGGUUUCAUUUUAUGGGCGAUGCGGAGAAUAAUAUCUAUGUACCUUUCCAAAUUACAUAUAAAAACACCGAUGAACCUAUUGGUCCGUUUAUACCAGUGGAUCCUGCAAUCACGCCAUGCAAUAAGGCGUUAAACAAAAAUACUCCAGCUUGCAGUUGUGUUGAUUGUGAACAAAGUUGUCCAAUACCACCACCAGUACCUCCACUUCCAAACCCAUUUUCAAUAUUUGGUUACGAUGGUUAUGAAGUUAUAAUGACAAUUAUUUUUGUAUGCGGCACCUGCCUUUUCCUUCUGUUACUGAUGUGUUUCAGCCAUAGGAAACGUAUAGUUGCACGAGGGGAGGAGGUAGGAAGACAGGUGGGUAGACGGCUAGCUGCCGGAUUACACCACCCAGGAGAUGGUGCUCGUAUUGCCCUUGCCGCUGACCAAGAAGACAGCCCACUUCAGUCUAAGCGUUCUAGUGUUAUAUCAACCGACGAGAUACCAAGUGGAUUUGACCAGGAGCAAUCUACUUUCAUUGAGAAGCUUGGAGCUGGAACAGAUAAAUUUUUACAAGAAUUCUUCUGCAAAUGGGGAACGGUUUGCGCUUCUCGACCUUGGUUAAUACUUUUCCUUGGCUUUCUAUUGAUCGUUGCUUUAGGACAUGGCAUUAAAUAUAUGCAAGUUACUACAGAUCCUGUAAAAUUGUGGGCAUCUCCGCAUUCCCGAUCACGUGUCGAAAGGGAAUAUUUCGAUAAACACUUUGAGCCAUUUUAUCGAAACGAACAGAUUAUUAUCACUUCCGUCGGCUUACCGAAUAUUGUGCACAACACAUCUAAUGGACCAAUCGUAUUUGGACCUGUGUUUAAUGACACUUUCCUAAAAACAGUCUUUGAAUUGCAAGAAGGAAUCAAGCAUAUAAUUACUCCCAACAAUUACACAUUAGCAGAUAUAUGUUUUGCUCCUUUAACUGGACCAUUUACCGGGCCGACGACAAUAUCGCAAUGUGCUAUUCAAAGUAUUUGGGGUUAUUGGCAAGAUAGUUUAAAAAAAUUUGAGACUUCGGAAGAAGAAGGCAAUUAUACAGUCAACUAUUUAGACCACUUCAGAGUUUGUUCACAGAAUGCGUAUAAUCCUGAAUGUCUUGCACUUUACGGUGGUCCUGUAGAUCCGGCAAUCGCAGUAGGCGGAUUUUUGCCUCCAGGACAUGAUCUUCAUAAUCCACCAUAUGAAAAAGCAACUGCUAUAAUCCUUAGUAUUGUUGUUAACAAUUAUCACAAUAAAGCCAAAUUACUUCCUGCUAUGGAAUGGGAAGAAAGUUUUAUUAACUUCAUGAAAAAUUGGACUGCAACGAGAAAACCGGCAUUUAUGGACAUUGCGUACACGUCCGAGCGAUCUAUUGAGGAUGAACUGAAUCGUGAAUCACAAUCGGAUAUUGUAACCAUUCUGAUAUCAUAUGUCAUCAUGUUUGGAUAUAUCGCGGUAUCACUCGGCCAAAUUAGAUCAUGCACUCGUCUCUUGCACGAUUCCAAGAUUACUCUUGGACUUGGAGGCGUGCUUAUAGUGCUGGCGUCCGUGAUUUGCUCGGUCGGACUGUUUGGUUUUAUUGGUAUACCAGCUACGCUGAUUAUCAUCGAAGUUAUACCGUUCUUAGUACUGGCGGUCGGAGUAGACAAUAUUUUUAUUCUUGUUCAAACUCAUCAGAGAGAGGGUAGACGCCCAAAUGAAUCGAUUCCGGAACAUAUUGGACGCACACUGGGUCAAGUCGGCCCUAGUAUGUUACUCACUAGUGUAUCAGAAAGCUGUUGUUUCUUCCUAGGCGGCCUCUCUGAUAUGCCAGCUGUAAAGGCGUUUGCUCUUUACGCUGGAAUGGCUUUAUUGGUGGACUUUAUAUUGCAAAUUACAUGUUUCGUCAGUCUCUUAGCGCUUGACACAAUUCGGCAUGCGAACAACAGACUGGAUGUAUGUUGCUUUAUUCGCUCCAAACGUGAUGAUGGAGAAGAAGUGGUAGAUGGAAUAUUAUAUAAAAUUUUCAAAGUUGCAUACGUCCCAUUAUUAUUACAAAAAUGGGUUCGCGCGGCCGUGAUGAUUGUGUUUUUCGGUUGGCUCUGCAGCAGUAUUGCUGUAAUACCGCACAUCGAAAUUGGCCUAGACCAAGAGCUGUCUAUGCCCGAAGACAGUUUUGUGCUUAAAUAUUUCAAAUUCUUGAAUAAUUACUUAUCCAUUGGACCACCGAUGUAUUUUGUUGUUAAAGAUGGCCUAAAUUAUUCAGAUAAUAAAGUGCAAAAUCUAGUUUGUGGUGGGCAAUAUUGUAACAGCGAUUCAGUGUCGACUCAAAUAUUUACAGCGUCCAAACAAUCAAAUAGAACUUAUAUAGCUAAGCCUGCUUCGUCUUGGAUGGACGAUUAUAUCGAUUGGUCUGGAUUACCUGGUUGUUGCAAAUAUUUUCCGGCGAACAAUUCAUUCUGUCCACAUAAUGAUCGUGGAAAUUGUCUUACUUGCAAUAUCACUUUGAACAAAUACAACAGGCCGGUACCUAUGGAUUUCGACAAAUACGUAUCAUUCUUCCUGCAAGAUAAUCCUGAUGAAACUUGCGCUAAAGGAGGUCAUGCGGCUUACGGACAUGGUGUAAAUUAUAUGACUGAUCCUAACACGGGGAUGUCGACUGUUGGCGCUUCGUAUUUUAUGGCUUAUCACACUAUCCUCAAGACUUCAGCUGAUUAUUAUGAAUCGAUGAGAGCAGCCAGAGUUGUAGCAGCUAACAUUACAGAUAUGCUGAACUGUAACUUGAAACGUCUCAGUAGAAAUACCACUGUGGAAGUUUUUCCGUAUAGUGUUUUCUACGUAUUUUACGAGCAGUACCUGACCAUGUGGCCUGACACGUUGCAAAGUAUAGGAAUCUCAUUGCUUGCUAUAUUUGUGGUUACUUUCUUGCUAAUGGGUUUGGAUAUUUUCUCAUCACUAGUUGUUCUAAUUACGAUAACAAUGAUUGUUGUCAAUAUUGGCGGUUUGAUGUAUUGGUGGCAUAUAACUCUGAACGCAGUGUCUUUAGUAAAUCUUGUCAUGGCAGUUGGUAUAGCUGUCGAGUUUUGCAGUCAUCUAGUGCAUUCUUUCUCGGUGUCGGUCCAAGCAACUAGAGUGGACAGAGUCGCAGAUGCAUUGACGAAUAUGGGAAGCUCGGUAUUUAGCGGUAUCACAUUGACGAAGUUUGGUGGUAUUAUAGUCCUAGGCUUUGCAAAGAGUCAAAUUUUCCAGGUCUUUUACUUCAGAAUGUAUCUGGGUAUUGUACUAUUUGGAGCAGCGCAUGGUCUCAUCUUUUUGCCAGUAUUACUUAGUUAUAUAGGCGUGAUGUCGCGCCGGGGGCGUAGAAAAAAUCGCGACUUCACGAGCAAAAGUGAAGUUAGACGUGACCAGCCAGACUCUCCCCUACUCCAAAACGACAACCAUCAAUGCGCGACCACUUCCUACGCCAGUAUGAACCUCGCCGAUGUGACUGAUCACCAUGUAACGUUCUAACAUUUAAAUCAAUCCUCGUCGAUUUAAUCGAAUAUAAUUUUUGUACUUAAGGGACAUAACAUAAAGAAAGUAAUCCACUUAGUGGAUUCACUAGGUAAGUGUCAAUAAUGUCCUUUAAUUUGACCCGACUUGUGAGCCGAGAAAGAAAGACAGAGUCGCACGAGCCCUUCUUUUCUACGAAUUAUAGAAAAUUUAAUGCGAAUCAUCCUCAACGAAAUUCUCCGUAACUGGUGAAUGUCCAUCUAUGUUCAUAUCUGGCACUCUUAGCGACAAAGAAAUUUGUAUAGUUCUAGAUUUUUGUCAUUUUUAGCAUAUUUAUUAUUUUGGGCAAGACUCUUUUUUAAUUUAAUACAUUACAUCGUCACAAACUGUAUUCUAAAUUUAAAAAGAAAUAUAUUGCAAUUGCGAAUGAUCGGUCGUACGAUCGAUUUUAGGUAAAAUAAUUUAUCCAGAAGAGAAUUUGUUUCUUUACUAUACAUUCAUCGUUAAAUAAAUUUAGUGAGAAUAAUAAUAAUAAAUGUGACGGAUACAAAAUGCAUUUUCCUCUUUUUAAAGCAAAUGCAUUUCUCAAUUGUGAGGUGAAUCCUUUUUUCUCUGAUAUUGAUAUCCAAUUAUUACUUUAUAUUAAAAAAAAGUUAAAAUAUGGAUAGUUAAGAGUAUCGAAAUAUUGUUAACCUCUAUAACAUGUAAAUUAUUUAAGAAAUUAAUUAUUAUAAAUAUAUAUACAUAUAUAAAAGAAUAUUUUUUUCUCAGCAAUACAGUCGAUUUUGUUAAUUUUUUAAAGUUAUCGGGAGCGUUUCCUCUUCUCUUUCUCACUAUUCUCUCAGUUUUUUAAAUAUAUAGAAUAAAAAUAUCACUUUUGUCAUUUUAUUACAUAUGUGGUAAAUGGUAAAUCAAAAGAAAAAUUCUAUUUUACAAAAACAGCUGAGUCGAAAAAUUUGGAAUAGAGGAACGCUAAAAGGAAAAACAUUGACAGUAAUGUAAAAAACAGUAUUGCAGUUAUAUUUUAAGAUUUCACGCAUGAAUACGCAUUUAGAAUUCGUGCAACUAAAUAUAAUUGUUUUUACUUAAGCCGUCCACAUUUGAGAUAUAAUAAAAAAAAAAUAUAUAUAUAUGAUGUAUAUGAAACACAUAAAAUCGAUAAUGAUUAUCUAAAUGAAUUAAAUGACGAUUAAAAUUGAUAUAUUUGCGCAAGUAAAAAAUGAUAUCUAUAUCAGGAUUCAAGUUUUCGAAUUACUCACACACACGUUAAUCCGUAAGAUUCAUGGUGUGGAAUCGUAUACGCGAUCUUCUAACUGUUCUAAAUAUUACUAGAUAUAUUGUUAUCCAUUUUUUUUUUAAUAUACUUUGCUUUAUAGAUGCAUCUAAAAUUGCUUUAGACUUUUUAUACAAUUAACUUUGGAUGCAAAAAUAAUGUAGGAAUUUCGUUAAUGAAUGUUUGAUAAUCAGAAAUUGGAACUUGUUAUAAUAUUGAUUAAUUUUGGCAGGGUCAAUAUGUAUUUCUACCCAUGGUAUUUCACCAUGAUUCUUAAAUAUCAAGUUUCCGUCGUGAAAUGUAGAAAAAAAGAUAUCAGUAUUGUAUCGAUUAUAGAUGUGUAUGCUUCGUCUAUUUUUUAAGUAAACUCCGUUUUACAAGUUACGAAUUUAUAUUUUCCAUCUUAUAAUUAAUUAAUCAAGGCCACACAACACACACAUACAUGUACACACACAAACAAAGUAAUGAUUUGUUUUCUUGUCGUUAGCUUACUAUGGAUCAACGAGGAAUGCUACAUAUAUGAGAUUUAAGUAUUUUUUAUUAUUUUUUUUUAUAACAUGGCUGUCGAGACUAUUUUUUUAAUAUAAAAAAGAUAAAAUCUAGAAAAUAAAAGUGAUUUACAUGUAUAUUCAUUUUUGAUGACGAGAUAAUUUUUUUGCAGAAACGAAUCGCGAGAUAAAUUAUUACAAUUAUUAUUGGGAGUUGUUUCAAAUCGAGCACAAAUAUAUUACCGGUGUUGAGACGUUACUUUAAAUUAAAGUAAGCAUAUGUAUUGUUCUCCACUUUUACCAUAACAGUUGAGUUUUUCGACGAGAAUUAUAAGGAUAAAUAUGACUUUGAAUCUCAUAAAAAUGAUCCAAACGAAAUAGUUUAGAGAAUAUCCAUACAUAUACAUUAACGUGUACUAUACAUGCUCAUUUUAUAACAGAUUAGAAGUAAAAAUCAAUUAUUUUAUUUUUAUAGAUUAAAUAUUAUUUGCACAUUCUACGUUUAAAUUAACACGUGCCAGAAAUGAUGGCUGCGAUCCUUAGUAAGCGAAAAACUUCGAAGGAAGACGGAGUCUUCUUUGUCAAGCUCUAACAAUUAAUCAGUUCAAGGAAUACUUAUAUUAGAUUCGAAUAGUUAAAAUCGAAUCACAAGAGACUACAAAUUUCAAUACACUUUUUCUUGAAAUGGAAAACUUUGCAGUCUCGCGCGUAGGAUUCAAAUAAAUAUGUGUAUCCGCUAUAUGAUAAUCAAGACCUUUCGUCAUUGGUUGAGUAUUAUUCACGCGUGAAUUUCUUACGAUCUGGCCGAAAAUAUUUAAAUAAGAUCACUUGGGGUAGUUUAUAUUUUAUUUUAUUUUAUUAUUAGGUUCUUUUAGUGUGGUAGAUUCAUCAAUUUUAUUUUACUCGUGCGCUUUGUCGAUGUGAGAGUUCUCUGUGAAAAGUACGACGCUUUAGCUGUAUGUACGUGUGUAACAAAACAAAUUUAGAAUUGUCUUUAAUCCUUUGUUCUCAUGUACGAUACAAAGAAACUAAUACGUGAAUUAAUUUGUAAUAACAUCACGUUUUUCUAUGCGCUUGAUGCUUAUUUCCCGAUUUAGAGGAAUUUGUUUGUCAAUAGAUUUGAAUUAAAUGUGUUUUCUAUGUGAGGAGUAUAACUUUUUUAUACAAUUGUCAAAAACGAUACGCGGAGAUAACGAAAAGAGAGAAACUCCGCUAAAGUUGUUGAUAUUCCUCGAAUUGUUACUCCGCGAUGUACUUGUGUGCAGAUGAAUAUUUAGAAAUGAAGAGAAAUGACUGCGUUAAAAUGUUAUAAACUGUAUAAAAGUAUAUCGUGUAAAAUGUAUAAGUUCCUGUGUGUAUGUGUAUAUAUAUAUAUAUAUAUAUAUAUAUAUAUAUAUAUAUAUAUAUAUAUAUAUGUACAUAUACAGCUGGCGGAAAUGUGUGUAUGUAUGUGCACGUAUGAAGUACGCGAUAUUUUCUGUUAAAUUUAAUAACAUGUACUGUAUUGGUCCAUUUGAAGGGUAAUAAUAGUGAUUGAUCUUCGAUUUAUACUGCACCGUGUAUAUGGCAAAUUUAUUGCAUAUCAAUACAAGCUUCGGAUAUAAAUAUGAAGUGAAAUGAAAAAGUGUAAGCACGAAAUUAUAAGUCAGUGUAAUAAUGGAUAAAUGAAAAAAAAGAGGUAAUUCAAAGAAGCAUCCGAAAUAACGUGCAAAGCGUACUGUGUUGUCACGUAAAUACAAAUAAAUUUUCUCCUAUUUGUACUGUACAA